GCUUAUAUUGUCCUGACUGUGUUCUAACUUGACUAUGGUAGGAUCGUCACUGAGCAGUCGAGGGUGAAGCAGCUUUUCAUUGUGGCGAGGAUUGAGUUUACAGUUUGUACAGUUAUAUAAUUUGUUCUUUCUCGGGUGUUUCGGCGGCGUUAAUCUCCUCUGCGGUUGAUUACCAGCUCCGUCUCACGUCGGAAUGGCCGAGCCGAGCGCCAGAUAUCAGCAGGUAACGACAAACACCGACCGUUAACGACGAACGAGCGAGAGAGCGAGCACGUUAAAGAUUUAACACGAGAGCACGCGACGGGAUCAUGUCCUAGUUAGCCAGCUAGGCUUUGAUAACAGCCACACCUUACCUGAAAUGAAACUAAUACCUGUCCAGGCUUUUGUCGUGAAAUAAUAUGGAAUUUUUUAUUGUUUAAGGCUAACCGUGAGCUUACUCGUUAGCACUGUAUUGACGUUUAUUUGUGUGUCUGUGCGAAUGUUAAUGUAGUGAUGCUGGGACAGCACAUGACCGUCAGCGGUGGGUGUGUCGUUGUCAUUUUCAUCGAUUAACCGUAAUAUAAUGAACACCUGGGUAAUAUUAUGCAAUCCAAUUAGACAGCUUCACCUUAAAUGCAUCUACUUUUUAAUUAUUUUGUUGUUGACACGGUAAUACAGGUGAUAAUUGUUCUGUAAACUAAUUAUUACAUUUGGAGGAUUGGUGCUGUACUUAAGUGUUUUAGGUUGAAAUGUGUGCCUAAUAUUUUGUCCCUUUUAUGUUUGGUAGAGAAGUAGACAAAAUAUAAGAAAAACCUUUUAAUUUAACACAAUAUAGUAGGGGAGAGUGGGGUAAGUUGAGACACCCCCUGUUGCUUGGAAAUGGUUAAAGAAAUUGAUCAUGUGACCAAAUACUUAGGAGAUAUGCAUCAAUACAUGGAGUCUGCGAAGGUUAGACAUUUAUUUUCAUUUUUCACUCUUGCAAAGUGAUUUUAUUCUGUCACCAGUUUUAUUAGAAUUAUGUUCAGACCAAAAAAGAUCAUUUUAAAUUUGUUUUACACAUCAAUUGUUGUAUCUAUGAGCGACAACAUGAGGUCAAAAACCUAGAAUUAAAGUCCACCAUUUUAGCUUAGAGGACUAAUACAGUCAUAAUAGUAGGUCUGGGGUAAGUUGACCAUAGGAGACCACUUUGUUUUUGGCAUGCUAUAUUAUCAAGACAGUUAUGUUUACACUCAUUCUGUUGGUUUGCAGGGAUGCACAACAUCCUGAAAUAUAUGCAGAUACACAAAUUAGAGACAAAACUAUCAUUGUCUUGAUGUAGUGAUCCAAAAUAUGAAAAAUGGCUCAUCUUACCCCACUCUCCCCUACAUUACCACCAGCCCUCACUUUGCCCCUUAUAAUAAAUUUAAAGAACAAUAACUACCAGUCUGAUUAUAUCCAAAAUGGAAGAUAUAGUUAAUUUUUUAAUAGAUUAAAGCUUUUACUUUUGUGAAACUCUUAUAAAAAGUCUGAACUCUUCUUUUUUUGGGGAUGAUCUUGUCCAGGUCGUACAAGUCCCUAACCCUAAAUUGGUCUUGGAUCAGGACCUGGUUUCUCUUCAACCUGCUGGGCCAACUGUAGAUUUUGAUUGACUUAUUUAUCAGUUAGAUGAUUUUGAAACUAGGGCUGGGCGAUAAAAGGGUAACGAUAUAUAUCAAAAAUUAAUUUCCCUCAAUAUCAAUAUUAAACAUGGUCAAUAUGCUUUUCAAUAGUUGGCAUUCUGUAAUGUUUUGGUAGACUAUUUGAAAAGCCAAUGAAAAGGGGAGUUGCUUCACGCUGAAUUAGAACCAAAUAGCAAACAGCUGCGUAGUAGCAGGCUGCAGCUACACGCAACCAUAACAUUUUAACACGUGAAGUCGACAGCACUGUUGGUGAGAAAAAAAGACAGGAAUUAUGGCUCCAUGUGGCAAAGCCCUACGUCAAAACGUAGAAGAGACACAAAGACCUCACAGAUGCAGUAGUUUAUUGUAUUACAAAAGACAUGCUCCCAAUAAUCACUGUUUAAAUUUCAUUUUUUAUGUCGUGACAUACAUCGUAAUUAGCUGAUAUGAAAAAAUAUAUUGUGAUAGACUUUCUCCCAUAUUGCCCAGCCCUAAUUGAAACUUUAAUAUAGGGUGAAAAGUAACUUUGUGAUAUUUAUAGCUGAAUGUACUUAGUAUCCUCAAGACUUGCUGAGUAAUGUAGAAGUAUCUGGACGCAUUUCCUCUGAAGUUUCUAGAAAGAAAUCGCGGGGAUUCCCAUGUCCCGUGAUUUCCCCCUCCAAAAGAAAACCAAAAGUCUUCCUUCUCUGUUUUUAAACGCAAUGAUAAAAUGACUGAUUGGUAUUCAGCCCUACCUCCUCGUCCUCUGAGAAUUUUCUUAGGUUGUAAUUCGACAAAGGGACUUUAACCUUGUUAAAUGAGUCAAAAGGUAGGAGCCGCUGAGUCAGGGGUUUGUCUGUACUAAAGUGACUCUCCUUCCCAGUCUAGACCUCAAAGCAUCUGUCCUCCUCAGCACUGAUGUGGUGUGCUGACUAUGUUGCCCUUUUUUGGAUAAGUCAGCAUGUGUUACCUCUUUGUUGAUUUUGCCCAGCACAUGUGAAAUGUUCUAGAUUCAAACUUAAAAAAAAAACCCUCAUCCCUCUUUCUCUUAUCUUUGUGACUUUUUCUGCAGCUUUUUCCAAAUUGUCUUAUCUGACGCCCACACUGUGGCAGUGAAUUCAGACGUAGAUGUAACAGUGUAAUAAGAGUAAAUCACGUUGCUGAGUGUCUUCUUUGUAGAAACAGACUGAAAUGAACUCAUACUGCUCGAAAACAAACACUUAAUGGGAGCUGUAAACAAAUAAGGACGUGGUUUUUCUCUCUUUGUUACAGCUGCCAAAUGAGGAGGACCCAGAGGAGAGGCCACAGGUGGCAGCUGAUGCCCCGCCCCCGUACAGCAGCAUCGCAGCAGACAAUGCUGGUAAGACUCUGACUCACCCAGAUGUUCCUCAGUGCUGAGAUCAUCUGCAGCAUAUGUGGCAUAUGGGGGAGCCAUAAUUUUGCCGGUUUGCACAGAGAGAACCUGAGUGUGGAAAAUAAACAAAAACAGUUCAGGGAAGUCAAGCAGCAAGAAAUUCAGUUCCACUUCCAACAAUCUCCUCCUAUGUAUUUACAUACGUAAGGAAACUCUUCAGAUAGCCUACCACCAAGUUCACAAAGUAUUUCACAAAGUAAGAUCUGUGGUCUGCACCCGAUGCGUUGUCGGCGAGAGAGUAUUCUCCCCUGCCUGUGACUGCUCGGUGAAGCAGUCUGACUCCAGCAUGCAGAUUUUUUCCUCUGCAAAACAAUACGGAAAUGACAACCGAUAACAGCAAUCUCUGACAAGUCACAGUACUAAAGCCUUAGUAUAGGUAGUUUAGAAAUAAUAAAAAUGAUGUAUGUCUUGAAAUGAAACUUCCACUAAAUAGAGAGGCAGCUGGUUUAAAUCUUUUGCUUUAUAUUCAGGUGUAUUUCUCAUUUUGUAUAACCUGAACUGUUUGUUCUUACUAUGGUAAAGCUUAAGUUACUCAAGUUCUAGUAUAGCUAAAAGUUUAGCAAAGGAUAGAAAGAAAGAAAGAAAGCACCUUUCGUGUUAGUUUUGCUUAUGUGUAUUUACAGUUUUGCAUUCAUGUCACUUUCAAACAGAGACGCUGCAUAAACUCUUGACACAGUUCUCUGUAAGUUUGGGAGUGAGACAUUUUGACCUAUUUAAUCGUACUUUGUGGAGGUUCCUGAAAUCCAAAACAGCCAAGUUCAAUUUGGGCGUGAUGGCUGCCAGCAGUUUUUAUUUUAACAGGCUAAAGGCUCAUUUAUGCUCGUUAUACGUAUAAUAAUGUACACGUCUGUUUCAAACGAUUGUUCUGUCACUGCCCACAUAGUUCCAUGCGCCCUUUACGGAUGUUAACCAUUGCAACCACCAGGGGGCAGGCCAGAGUCAAAAAUGGAGACAGAAACGGAUGCAGCGUUGGCGGAGGCGUUGGUCAGUCAGGCCACUAAAUUCCUCGCGGUUGGAGGACAGAGAAUUCUUUUCUCUAGUUGUACUGAUGAGAGAAAUUGAUGACAAUCCUCAAAAAGCCCCGCCAUUGUCUUUCUCAUUUCUCUCAAGAGAUUCUUAUCGAGUAGUCACAGCAGCAACACUGCCCCCGUGGUUUCUGGUGGUACUGCUCUGUCUGGCCUGUAUCUGUAAACUUCAAGGAUACAUGCAGAAAUACAGUUUUCCAUCGCAUCCGAAACAGCUCCAAUCCAGAAUGGCAGCGAUUUUUGCCGUCCGCCAAUUCCUACUAAAUCUGUUUGUAAGGCGAAUUUCGUAGCGGAUCAUGGAUAGUGGGAAUCGUGAGAACUCACAAGAUCCGGCAUGCUCUGGCGUCCAGAAAAAAUAGAACUCUUGUGAUCAGCUGCGGAGUCCGGCGAUCAGAAAACAGAAAGAAGCCGGUGGAAAUUGACACAUUAACUUGAAUGGUUCCGAUCAACUGCGAUCGGCGGAUACAGCCUUUUCCUAGCCGUUCCGGAUGUGGUAGAAACUGGGGGUCAAAGUGAAAGUCUCUGCUGGUGAAUGUAUGAAGCUUCUCAUGCAGGAUUCACUCUGUCUAAAAGUGCAGGUUGGCUGUGAAUACAGUCAAGUGUGUCUUAUUGAAGAACCAUGUAAGCUAAAGAGCCCCUGAAACCCACCCUUACCGAUUCAAACUGCACUUUAAUUUUCAUCUCAGAAGGUCACUGAGUUUCUUUUGUCUGUGGGGGUUGGUCGGAAACUCUUGUUCAGAUAUUUGCUGGGAACGGUUUCCACUUCAAGAGUUUCAUGAGCGUCUAAGGAACACAUGUUAAAAUGUUAACUUCAGUUUUGUAAUGCGUUUACCAGUCAGCUACUGUCAAAACAAGCCUUUCCGUCGGGAGCCGUCUUCCUCUGAUUUCGAAGAUGUUCUCGUUUCUUUUUCAGCCUACUUCGACUACAAGGAAGACGGGGCUUUCCCCAAGCCUCCAUCAUACAAUGUGGCGACCACGCUGCCCUCCUAUGAUGAAGCAGAAAGGACUAAAGCUGAGACUACUGUUCCCCUGGUAACUGGAAGAGUGAGUGUCUCUCUAUAUUUCCUUUUAUGGCUGCGGUCACAUUUAAUCACACACACACACACGCUCUGUAGCUGGUGCUCAAACACUUCCUGUAUAGUUUGCAAAGAGAGGCUCAGCACCUUCGACAUGGAAAGUUUAUUUUGGUGUUUCUCAGUACUGAAGCAGUACGCCUACUUUGCAUAUCUGAUGGAGACUUUUGGCUUCCUGUAUAAAAUGUCGCAGCUGUUUUUCACGGUUUAAGCAAAAGAAUUAAAAAGAUUCACCUUUAAGAAAAAUCACCUCAGAAAAAUAGGACUAAAAGACCCCCUCCCUCUAACUAAGCCUCUGUGUACUUAACACCUGGGUUUGUUCUCCUGAAUGUGAGUAAAUAUUGGUGCAGGUUAUACUUACCCGAGGUGUAGCUGUCCAAAGAAGUUAGUGAGAGAUUGUUUUGUUUUUGUUUUUGCAGGUCAAGUAUUUCUACUCCUACCCCAAACAAUUCCAGUUUCUCAUAUGAGCUCAUUUGACCCUGAUUUAGUUGUUGAUUCCAGAAAUGUUGGGUUGUAAUUUCAUCCCUUAUUUAUCAAGGUAGAGAUGAAAUUUUCAGUCAAUUGAGCAUUUGUAAUUUAACUGUUCAGGGUUCCUACACAGUUGAGAUUUCCAUACUCUACUUUUUAGAAUUAUUUUUGGAAAUACCUACUUUUCUAUUUUAUAAAACAGUAUUUUAAUAAUCAAUAUUUUUCCAUAUUUAAUUUUUCAGUUUCCAAACUUUUUAAGACCUGGAAAUUGAUCACAUUUAUUUCCAUACUUGCGCAGGAACCCUGACAGUUUGUCUGAAGUAGAGAUGACUUUUCUUCGAAGAACCCUUUUUAACUGAAAGCACAUUCAACAUCAUGUUUUGAGCUUAUAUACUGUAGUUUCCACAGCUCCACUGGUAUGAGGAAAAAAUGUGUUCUAGGGCUCGACAGUGCGACCGUUUCGCUCGCAUUUGCGACUAAAAAUAGAAGUGUGCAAAUUGUAAAAUGUAUUUAGGGGCACAUGUGCGCAUAAAAAAAAAUCAGCCGAGGCAACAAAUGUUUUUUCAUGAAAAUCUGCAGAUCUACCGGUGUCUUCUCACUCUCCAUAACGGGAAUGGCUAAGGCAGCGUGGUUAAAUCUGCUCGGCACCCCCACUGUCAACAUCGGGUGUUAAAUAAGGGAUCAUCAAUAAAUUACCGGUUGAUGUUCUCAAAAAGGCUGUUUUCCUUCAAUAGCUUCCAUGUCAUGUGACCAAUUGUCUUAAAAUUGAAUUCAAGUAAUAGAACUUAUGUCGAACGAUAAGACACACAUCAUUAGAUCAAUUUUCAUUGUGCCCCUAAAGUUCUUUGUGUGCUCCUUACUUUUUCAACUUAGAAGCUCCUUGUGAAAAAAGUUAGUGUCAAGCCCUGUGUUCUUAUUUGACUAAAAAUAUACGUAUGUGUUUUUUCUUUUCUAGCAGUUGCACUAUUUCCUUUUUUCCAUAAAGGGUUAAGCAAAUCUUGUUCUAUGACAUGCCAUUAACUUGGAUUCAAUGCCUGAGGGAAAAAUGAAACUAGGAACUCAACCUCCCAAUGUGCUUACUCUUUGCUUAAACACAGGAGAAGUCUUCUCUGACUCUGUCUGUCUGCCACAUCAGGAACCAAACACCCAUAAAUACAAACCUGACGUGUCUGGAAAAAAACUGCUGUUUCAGUUUGAGGUUCAAAGAAAAGCAGAAAUCAUCUGUUCGACUGUAAACUGACAGCUCAAGCCUGACCUCUAGUGGUCACUCUCUUGCUUUACUUCUGCAUGUGUGGGGCGACCAUGUUUGAUUUGACUGUUGGUUGUUGUGUUUCUCUGCCACUCAUUGCCUCGCGCUCGGCAGCAGCAGCCUCAACACAGGGAGCGCCUGGAGACUUUUGACGAUGUAAUUCGCAGUUCACUCGAGGUAACUGGGAGGAGUGUGGAGGAUUUGUAAUUGGUCCUGGUUUGGUGUGUGAACACGGAUGUCUCCUGCGUUUUUAUGUGUGCAGCACCCAAUCUGUGUCAUGUGUGUGUGUAUUUAGACGAGUCAAUAGCUAUACUCACACUGACUCUGGAGGUUAAACACAGGAGUUGUUAAGUAGUCUUGUUGUCCUGUGAUAGUCACACAUGGUCUGUUCUUGUGUAGUUGUGUAGUUGUGUUGUGUUCCUCUCUGUUGUCAGCUUUGUUUUGCUAGCAGUUGCUCACCUGUGCUUCAUUAUUCUUUUCUUAGUCAACAGUAGUACAUCUAAAAAAAACCAAAACAAAAUCUAGUGAUUUUCAUCCAACUGUCCGAUUGUCUGACUGUCCGAUUGUCUGACUUUUUCCUUGUUUUCUCUGGUCUCGUCUUCCACAGGAUGAAGAGUUUGUAACCAGAGAUGACUUUGAGGACGCUGAUCAGCUGAGGAUAGGAAAUGACGGCGUUUUCAUGCUUACUUUUUUCAGUAAGUUACCCAAUCUUAUCUAAACAACCUUUUUCUUGUCUCUUCUCAGCCAAGAUCUUAUCUGAGUGGGAUGAAGAAGUGUUUUUUCCUCUUCUGACAUGUCUGACAUUCUUGUUUCCCUCCCUUCAAUCUCUCUCUUAGUGGCAUUCCUGUUCAACUGGAUCGGCUUCUUCUUGUCCUUCUGUCUGACCACAUCGGCAGCCGGCCGCUACGGGGCCAUCUCAGGCUUCGGGCUCUCUCUCAUCAAAUGGAUCCUCAUAGUCAGGGUGCGUCAAACAAAAAACACUUAAAAAACACAUGGAGAAAGACUCAUAACAUGCGGUCUUGUGUGUGCACAAACAACACUAAAUCCUCACUUUGGUAGACUUGUUGAUACUGCAGAUUUGUGCCGCCUUCCUCCUUUACUCUAAUCUAAAUGAAAACAGUGCCAUAGUUUUUCUAACCAGUCGUUUCUGUUGUUUUGUUGGGUUUUUAGUUUUCCACAUACUUCCCUGGUUACUUUGAUGGACAGUACUGGCUGUGGUGGGUGUUUCUGGUUUUGGGUAAGUAUUUUGAGUUGAAAUCAAGAGUAUAAUAAUCAAUAAUCAGGGAUUUUGUUGCUGCAGUAUCCUUUUAUGUUAUAGUCGUGGGUUAAUCUCCAGAUUAUUUUAAUGUGUUUACAACUAGGGCUGGUCGAUAUAGCCUUAAAUCAAGAGACCAUAUGGGACAAGAGACCAUAGCCUACCUACACACAUCCAAAACCAACUUUUAUUUAUUUAUUUUUUAGACACCGAAUAUACGGAUAUGGGCAAAACGAUGUUGGUUAUUGUUGUAAAUUUCGGUAUAGGUAAAUUUUUGGUUUAUCGCCCAGCCCAAUCUACAGCCUCCUGUAAUUUGCCGACUCCGUUUCUUUUCAGUUUAAUUAUUUACACGCACACACAAACGUACUCUGUGGCGUUUCCCACCUUGUCUUUAUGUCAGAUUGUUUUUACAUUUCAUUAAUAUUUCAUAAAUGUAACCUGCUAGGUCACUGACUGUGCUUGGAAAUUUCAACUGGACUGAAGAAAAAAGAAACUUAAGUAGGGGUGUCCCCACACGAUGUUGAUGUCAGAUAUCGGUCCGAUAUUGGCAAAAAAACAAAUAUUGAAUUAUAUCGGCCUGCGUCAAUAAUCUCAGAUAUCAGCACUCGGAUUCAAACAGUCCAUUCCAGACUCCGCUCCAGCAAUUCGAUGUAGCAGCGCCUGGAUUUUUCGUCAAAGUCCGAAAAAGACAUUACAACUGCAAAACUUGUCAUGCACAAGUUUGUGCCAGUAUUGGAUCAAUAUGGGUAUCGACCAAUACUGAAGGUUACAAUAUCAGUAUCAUAUCUGAAGUAAAAAAGUUGUAUCAGGACACCCCUAAACUUAAGCGGCACUCUGAGGUUUUAUCCAUGUGUGGGACAGACUGAAUAUUCGUAUGGGAGUCAGUGGUUUAGCCUUGUGCCUUUUAAUGUUUUGAAUCAAUAACCUGACAUUUGAGGGAAAUGAUCUCAGGAUGUUCUUGUGAUUUAACUUUGAGAACAUCCUGGCAUUUCAUUUCUGCAUAAUUAUGUUGAUAUAUCAAGUAGUUUUUACCUCCUUUGCUAAACUGCCCUCGGGUCAACGUUGGUUUAUCUUAAAACCUACCCCUGAUAUAGAGUAUCAAUGUUGUUUCAAGAGCUGAUUUGUUUCUGUCUCACUCACCUGCCGUCUGUUUUGGUCUUUUGCUCAUCAGGAUUUUUGCUCUUCCUCCGGGGAUUCAUCAACUACGCCAGAAUCCGCAAGAUGGCCGACACUCUGUCCACCCUGCCCCGCACCCGAGUCCUCUUCAUCUAUUGAGCUCUCUCUAAAUCACAUAAUCGUUUUUUGUCCUUUUUAGGUGAGACGAGAAGUCUGGCUUUAUCGAAUCAAAAAGGGAGAAAAGAACUGUUUUUCCUCUGCUUGACAUGACGGGGACAAUGCGUCGCCUCUAGUCCCCUCUCGGUGUAAAAUAGUGAGUGCUGAGAAAUGUGUAAAAUCCUUCAGUUGUUAGUGGUGAACUGUCAAGUGCUAUUUUGCAUUUUUGAAGUGUGUGAUGUUCAAAUUAAUGCCUUAUUUACUGUUUUAAUAUCUGUCAGUAGCAUCAGCAUGCACUGUUUUCCUGCUUAGCCACCAGGGGGCAGUCCUGUUUGUAUUUUUUUUUCCCCACAGGCUACUAUCUGAUGAAGUCAUUUGUAUUGGAGGUGGUUUGCUGCACAGGGGUCAGCGGGUUACUUUGGGAUUAUGGGUGGAUUAACUCAGUGUAAAAUAACAUAUUUGAAGCACCGAUUUAAUGUGUUUUUUAACCUUUCUGAGGAUUACUUUUUGUGCCCUCUGUGAAAGAGUAUUUCAAGCAGGUUAGGCAGGACUAGUAAGGGAUAAAUUCGCUUUUUUUUUUUUGGAAGUUCACGGUCUGAAAAGGUUCGAGGACCACAUUUAAAAGAGAUUGGGGGCCUACAGUUUCCUGAGAGCAUUUUUUUGCCUCUUGUGUUUUAUCCGUGCGAACACUGUUAUCAAGAAAUUGUUUUCUUAUAUAUAUAUAUAUAAUAUAUGUCAGCAGAGAGGAGGAGUUGCAGGGGUGUCCAGGGAGGCCAGGAGCAGAGCCACUGCCUCGUCUGGUGACACAGUGUUAGUGGUGGAAUGGGCCGGUAGUCUGUCACUGGAUCCACGUGCAAUGAAAAAAAAAACCUCUGAUUGAAUGUUUCUGAGGCCCUGCUUUAGUCAGAGGGCACCUGUAGACCCAGAGUUAAUCCAGAAACUCAUUUAUCAGAAUUCUAUCAGUUUUUCUAGUAUUUAAAAAACAGCUUUGCCAGACUGUUUACUGUCAUUCAUUUGGGAUUCUUUUAAAAUCAAAGUGCAAACCAGUGAAACUCAAAUAUUACAGUCACUGUUUCGAUUUAACCUACUGAAACUACAGCAGUCAUUUCAACCUUUAGACAUAUGCAAACAUUCAAUCCAUAAAAAGCAUUAUUUCUGCCUCUCUGGAUUAUUAGGGCUUGGACAUUUUUCAAUAUGUGAUUUUUUUUUUUUCUAAUUUCAAAACGCUGAAGUUGGAGAUCUGUAUCAAUAAAUUCUAUGUCAGUGGAUAAUAAAUUGCGUGAGACUC